UGUCCUCCACACUUCUUCAAUUUCUCUCUACUCUCUUCCUCAAUCCACAGUACACACAUAAACCCUAAUUCCUCAUUAUCCAUUUUUCUCGUUACUUUUUCCAUGGCUCCAAACAGCCAGACUUCCCUAGCUGAAGGCAAGUGUGCCAUCAUAAUCACCCCAAACGACCUCGAGCACCAAACAACCCUAGACAAAACGGAGUUUGACUACUCCAAACGCUCCCAAUGGCUCCGCGCUGCGGUUCUAGGCGCCAACGACGGAUUAAUCUCAACUGCGUCAUUGAUGAUGGGAGUCGGAGCUGUGAGACAAGACAUUAAGGCCAUGAUACUAACCGGGUUUGCCGGACUAGUAGCCGGAGCAUGUAGCAUGGCCAUUGGAGAGUUUGUCUCCGUGUACUCCCAGCUGGACAUAGAGGUGGCUCAAAUGAAAAGAGACAAUCAGAACAAGAAAAAUAACCAAGAAGUUCACGUGGCAGAAGAUGAUGGUGGAGAUGGAGAUGAUAAGGAGAGCCUGCCCAACCCUUUACAAGCAGCAGCUGCAUCAGCACUGGCGUUUUCAGUGGGAGCAAUGGUUCCAUUGCUAGCGGCGUCGUUUAUAAGGGGGUACAAGGUGAGGUUGGGAGUUGUGGCCGCGGCUGUGAGCUUGGCUUUGGUGGUGUUUGGGUUGUUGGGAGCAAAGUUGGGGAAGGCACCAGUUAUGAGAUCAGUGAUGAGGGUUCUGGUUGGAGGUUGGAUGGCCAUGGCGAUUACCUUUGGGUUAACAAAGUUGAUUGGCUCAAGUGGGCUGUGAGACCCUUUGAUCUAACGCCCAUUAAUAUUGUGUUGCAAGAUUUUUCGUUAUUUUUUUUUUUUCUGUUCUUAUUUUUUUUUUUUUUACUGUUGGGUUUUGUGUAAUAUGAAAGAUGACAAGAUGUGCAUAGGGAGUGAGUUAAGUUGCUAAUUUUCUUGGUGUAACUUCUUAAAGUAAUGAAAUGCAUAUUAGUAGUA